UAUCGAUAUUCCAGUUUUGUGGGUAGGAAAGUAUUCAGUCGGCUGUUUUCCCAAACGCAAAGAUUAAAUUUGGUAAAUUUGAAUUGUGUAAUUUCUGUAUUCAAACACAAAUUUGUUGUAAGCAUUGAUUAUUCGAUGGAUCCCAACUUGCGUAAUCUGAAAGAUUUUCUUACAUUAUACAAUAAAGUCACUGAGCUGUGUUUUAGCCGAUGCGUUGACAACCUCAAUCAGCGCGAGUUGGGCGGCCAGGAGGACAGUUGCGUGGACAGAUGUGUCACCAAGUUCGCUCGCUUUAACCAAAGUAUGAUGAAAGUCUAUGUAGAUGUACAAACAACAAUAAAUACAAAGCGCAUGCAAGAAGUUGAGGAGAAUGCCAGAAAGUUGGAGCAACAACGAAAGGAAGACCGUCAAAAGGAGGAGCAAAUUCAAAGGGAAGCCGUUACCGCUGGCACUUCUGUGUUGACGCCAAUUCCUCCAGCCACCUCAGGAAAUUUAUCCAUGUAACACUAGACUC